GGUAAACGGCUUUGCGAUUGGACAGAAAACGUGCCAUUACAACCCACCUAAUUAUGUCACGCUGAAUUCGUCGUCAGAAAGGAAAGAAGCAUGGCCGCUGUUUUAAGGGGGUCUCGGACCUUAUGGGGAAGGAGCAUCAAACAUGUUGACUUUACUUUGGUCUCCAGCAGGUCCAUGGCCUCUAAGACCCAGGUGGGUUUCAUCGGCCUGGGGAACAUGGGAAAACCCAUGGCCAAGAACUUACUGAAGCACGGAUACCCCGUCAUCGCCACUGACGUCUUCCCUGAGUCCUGCAAAGAACUGCAAGAGUUGGGUGCCCAGAUUGUGGAUAACCCUGCGGAGGUGGCAGACCAGACAGACCGCAUCGUCACCAUGCUGCCCUCCAGUCCCAACGUCAUCGAGGUUUACACUGGGCCCAACGGUAUCCUCAAGAAGGUUAAGAAAGGCUCGCUACUCAUUGACUCCAGCACCAUCGACCCAGCCGUUUCCAAGGAGAUGGCCGUGGCCGCGGAGAAGAUGGGGGCAGUUUUUAUGGACGCGCCUGUGUCAGGAGGUGUGGGGGCUGCCAGCUCAGGGAAGCUGACCUUCAUGGUGGGGGGAGUAGAGGAGGAGUUUACUGCGGCCCAGGAGCUGCUGACCUGUAUGGGAGCCAACGUGGUGUACUGUGGGGCCGUCGGCACUGGACAGGCAGCCAAAAUCUGCAACAAUAUGCUGCUGGCGAUUGGCAUGAUCGGGACCUCGGAGACCAUGAACCUUGGCAUCCGACUAGGUCUGGACCCUAAGCUACUGGCUAAGAUCCUGAACAUGAGUUCAGGCCGCUGCUGGUCCAGUGACACCUACAACCCUGUACCUGGUGUCAUGGAGGGAGUCCCCUCUGGAAACAACUACCAGGGAGGCUUCGGGACCCAACUCAUGGCCAAGGACCUGGGGCUAGCCCAGACUACAGCCACCAACACCAAGACCCCUGUCCCUCUGGGCUCCCUGGCCCACCAGAUAUACCGCAUGAUGUGUGCUCGGGGCUACGCCGGUAAAGACUUCUCCUCUGUCUUCCAGUUCCUGCGGGAGGAUGAGGACAAGGAGGGCCAAUAGGGGCGGGGGAACAGUACCUCCCCCCAUCCAUAGCUUCACCAGGGUCUAUUCCAUACAAGACUACUACCAUGUAGUUGGGGUGUCGGUUUGCCCCCCCCCUCUCCCCAGGACUUGUCAAGAUGUGCGUAUUGGGUCAAAGCCAAGAGAAUACAGCCAGCCGUGAUGUGACAGAUCAUCUCAGCACAGUACUAGACUACACUGUGUCUGUAAGAUGGGAGUCGUGUUGCCUCUGUGAUCCUGCCUUUUGUUAAAGUAGCUUUCUUUUAAUGUUUUAGAUGGCUAGGCUAGAAGACAGUGGAUGUUUUGAGGUGUGGGGAGGCUCUCCAAAGUCACUGUCACUCAGUAGGCUGACUAACCACUACAGCUAUCACCAUGACGAUAUCGGUGCUACCUUAGCACACGUCGUCAUGGAAAGCAGACCCAAGCGUUGUCAAGGAAAUGACCCGCGUUAUACUUGUUAACGACCACACUCACUCGUCAACAAUAGACCACUGAGACUUCAGAUGAUUCUUAGUUCUAGUCGCCACUCACCUCACUGCAACGUCACGUGUGUUGAUCCUGAUCAUUGAUUUGUUUUUCUCUUCCUGUGGUGGUUUUAUUUACUCUUGACAUGUGGAGGGAUAGAAUGUUCCGGUGUUAUUUGUAUGUGUUUUAUUGUUUAAUAAAAGGUGAGAGAUUA